GCUUUUAAUAUUUAUUAGGGUCACGACACGACGGCAGCUGGGAUAAACUGGACGCUUUUUAAUUUGGGAAACAAUCUCGAUAUUCAGGAUAAGGUUCAUGAAGAACUGGAUGAUGUUUUUGGAGAUUCAGAAAAACCAGCAUCGAUGAAAGAAAUUACAGAACUGAAAUAUCUCGACAGAGUGAUUAAAGAAAACCUCAGAUUGAAUCCCUCCGUUCCUGGAAUUGGAAGAAGAUUAACUGAAGAUAUUAUAUUAGACGGAUACUUUAUCCCUAAAGGGUGCAACAUAAACUUAUCAAUCAUGAGUUUACAUCGAGAUCCAGAAGUGUGGAAUGAUCCUCUAAAAUUUGAUCCGGAUAGAUUUCUGCCAGAAAAUUGCAUAGGUCGGCAUCCUUAUGCUUACGUUCCUUUUAGUGCUGGACCCCGAAACUGUAUAGGGCAAAAAUUUGCAAUGGCGGAACAAAAAAUUGUUCUCACAUCAAUUUUAAGAAAAUGGAGAGUCAAAAGUGCAAAAUCUCAAGAAGAAAUGAAAUUAAGAUCCACUUUUAUCUUGAGGCCACACGAGGGCAACCCUAUGUAUUUUACUCGGAAAUGAUAUAGAAAAUCUUGUAUUACUGCUUCAUUAUAUAUCAAAAAUGUAAUUUAGUUUUCAUUAAAGUUAUUCAAAUUUGAGAACAUA